UAUGCGAUAUAGAAAUGCAAGUUGUGUCUGUCGUCAUUGUAGUUAUCUAUACCAUGGCAUUCAUUUUUGGAUUCAUUGGAGUACUCAUGAUGGGAUUACAGCUGUAUAAAACAAACAUUCUUUUAAUGACCGCAACAACAUUCAUAAACCUAUUAUUAGUCCACAGUCUCUUCCUUCUCACUAUACCAUUCAGACUGGUCUAUUACACCCAAAACAACAUUUGGACAUUUGGAUAUACAUUUUGCGAGGUGGUUAGUGGCAUGAUACAUAUCCAUAUGUAUAUGUCCUUUAUUUUCUAUGUUGUCAUUCUUGGGAUAAGGUACUUCAGUUUCUUCAAGGAAAACGACAACAUUGAAUUCAACCGUAAACUCCAUGCAGCGGUGGCAAGUAUUAUUGUUUGGAUAUUGAUAAUUGCUGUUAUUUUUCCCAAUUUCUAUAUAGUGUAUGGCACAUCUACCUCUUAUAACGAAACCAAAUGUUUCCAGUUCCAAAAAGAUCUAGAAAAGGAAGAAAUGCGUACAAUAAACUAUGCCAUUACUGGGUUUAUACUAACAAUUGUAUGCAUUCUUCUGACCUUACAGAUUUCUAUUAUCAUAAAAGUUGUUAAAAAUAUAGAAGGCUCUGUAUUUACUCACCAGGAGUUCUGGGUUCAAAUGAAAAGCCUUGUCUUUAUUUUGAUUAUGAUUGUUUGUUUCUGCCCUAGUCUUGCGUUUAGACUUUUCUACUUAAAAUACACAGAGGAAUGUAAUGGGUACAAUGAAAUCCUUUGGAGUGUUAGCGCACUCAGCUGUGUGGACCUCUUGUUAUUUUCUCUAAAACCAUUUUGCCAUAGCGUUUCUGUAAACUGUUGGUUUUAAGGGAAGGGAUUAUUCUUGGUGUAAUUACUUACAUUACGGUUUUUACUAACAGCAACUCGGUGAAGGCUUGACAAUCUCACAAACUUUACAGGGCUCCUCGACCCCAGGGUACAAGACAGAAGUUAUAACAGCAUUUGCAAUCAAGGCACUAAUUGGAUUUCCAUUGUAUCCACCAUAAGCAUCACACAGUUGGUAUACAUUUCUUUUUUUUAUCGUUAAAGAAGCCCCCAUAUGAUAAAACGCGUCAGGUUCAUUGCUGCUCAAUUUUAAUUCUUGGCACAGGUUUUUCUCAGUUUUACUAAUGGUUGCAAAUGUGUUUUUUGUGUGAUGUCAUUAAUAUAACUGAUAUAUUUUUAAGACAGAUUAAAAUUGUAUUUAACG